AUGGAGCUGCAUGUGACGACAGUGAUUGCGCUGCAAACGGCCUUGCUGAUUUUCCUACAGUUUGGGGAAAAGGCGUUGCCCUCCCUCUUUGCAGCACGCAAGGCCUGCCAUGCUGGCAGCGGAGCGCUGAUGCUUCUUCUAGACUCACGGGAUCCCUUGGCAAGAGCCUAUGUCUACCUGGUCGUGGCCACGUCUCUGACCAUGACCUGGCGACUGGUGAAGUGGGUCCCAGCCUUUCGCUUUGGUGCAGACUACGAUGUAGGUAUUACUGUUUACUUGCUCAUUGUGGCCGCGUGGUUCCACAUGCAGCAACCAGUGAAAGCUUUGGCCCCUUUGUUUUUCGCAGACCCAGCUGGUGCAAUAGUUGGCAAAUUCUGCUCCAAACGAGGUUUUAAUCGAGCGUGGUACGAAAACAAGACCAUCAUGGGGACCCUGGCAGUUCUGAUAGUGGCUUAUCUCAGUCUGGAUGCGCCGGUCUUCCUGCCGCGGGCCACACUAGCCGUCCUUUGCGCCCUCGCCGAAGCGUUCGGCGGCAAGACGUUCGACAACGCGAUCAUCGCGAUCCCUGUAUUGGGUGGCUGGGCCUACUACCACUGGUGA